CGAGAGUCGUAAGAACGAGCAGGGCUCGGAUCGGAAUUACUCACGCAAGCCGGAAAGAAACGUCACACACACUGUCGCCAUCGGCAAUCGCAGUCAGAACGGGAACAGGCUGUUGAGGUCUCCUUCCUACUUCUAAGUGCCACUAUUGCCACCAAAGCACUCUUUUAUUCUCUUAUAAAAUAAUCAGAAAGUAUAACCAAUCUAAGGCCUGCCUUGUGCUUCAAGGUAUGUCUUACAGUUUUUCACCCACCCGUUCGCUUUCCACGUCACCGAAUAAUCAGGUCCGAAAGUCUUCUUCCUUCCUUGCUGAAUGUUUCCAGAAACGAGCUUGUUAAUUUUCCUUUUUAUUUUCGUUCCUUUCGUACCUCUGUCAGAUCCGUUUACCCUCCCCAACGACCAUUGUCAUUACUGGACCCCGAGAGCGAUUCUUAUUUGGAAUCGUCAAGUCGCUAAGCUCUCCGGCGAUUAGAACGUAAACAUCUUCGUGUCGAGAGGAGGAUUGACGCUAGCAAGUCCCUUUCACUCCGCAUUGAGACCGUCCUAGGAGAAUUAUUUGAGAAGAUACGGAGCCCGUAUUGACGCCACCCUGACGAGAAUUUAAAUCAGGCAUCGAUUCUGACAAUCGAUUGAUACUUCACUCCGCGAUAUCAUACCAAAAAGCUUAGUGGAAAGCGUGUUACUUGCGAAAAUUAAAAGCGCCAGAAUAUUUCCAAUGUACCCUUCAUCUGUCGCAACCAGGAGAGUCAAACCUCUUCCAAAACGUCGACGUACAGAUUCCAUCUCAACUUCUGUGCCCUCGAACGUAAACCUCAAUCACUAUUAUCAUUCGUCCGCAUCACCUCACUUUAACUCCAAUGUGCACACAUAUAACUCACUGCCAUUCCCAUUGCCACAGAACCUUCCCGACCCACAUUCUUUACCACCUCUACCUCCUAACCUCCCAUCUACACCCCCCGUUCCUUCCUUACUCCCCAUCUCCGACGAGUUGCUUACACAAUGGCGGGACUAUUGCUUACCGUUACUGGGAUCUGCGGCUGAUGCGUUAUUGAGUGCUGGAGGCUUAGGAGGGCAGGUCUACUCCGGUGGCAGAAGUGGAAACCCGAAUUCAACGAGAGGAAGCGAACGCGACCAGACAGCUGGAGGAGGUGCAGGAGGAGGAGAACCAAACCCACCAAAUCCCUUAUUUCCUUUUUCACAGCUCACGCCACAGGUUGCAUCUCAACUGACCGCUCAACUAGAGAGUUUUGUCAGUUUAGCCUCUGCAGCUGUAAGCGCUGCUUCUGGUGGUACUGGUGGCGGUAGUCAACCAGAAUCAUCUGCCAACUUUGCCAAUACCGCAGCUUCGUUGGGAGGUCCACCAUCUUUAUCUUCACCGAACCAGGGACCAGGACCAACACCUCCCCAACUUGAUCCUGUUACGGCUGCAACGUAUUUCACCCAUCAUUUGAAUGCUAGUUUGAGGGCUGCUGGAUUGAGCGGAGCUUUCCCGCCAACAGCACCGCAACCAACAGUGUCCACGACCGACUCCUUGUACUCAAAUAGACCGAAGGUCAUGGGUGGUGACAAAGGACAUACUCCGAACGGCAUCUCUACUCAACCACUCCCCUCACACCACGAUCGGGUGCUGGAGGCUGAUGAAGUCGGUGGUGGUGUGAGUGAUAGGGAUUAUCGUGAAGACGAGUUGGAUGAUAGAGAUGAUAGAGACGAUGACCGAGCAAACGGGAGGAACAACACGAAGAAGAGAAAAGUUCCCGGACUUUUUUCUCGGUCGGGGGUGAUGAACGGGGAUGGCACUGAACGGGUUGUGAAUGGUUAUGGUGUUAAUGGUUUGCCUCUCGACAUUAGGGCUGGUGAAGGUGAAGGUGUGGUGGAUACGGAAGGGAAUCGUAUCCGAGAGAUUGAGUAUACGGGGGAAUUGGGACGCGGGAAUCGUGGAAUGAUGGGUCAUGAAUCCAGGAGACCGAGGGCGAGGCCAACGAUGUCGCGUGUGACGAUGGCUGGGAUUCAGCAUAAAACGCGCAAGAGGCAGUUGGCGAGCGUGUUAUUGAGGGGCGUCAAUGAAAACGUUCCUCAUAACAAUGCUAGUACUGUGCCCAUUACUUCCGGUGUUCAGAACGAGGGGGCAAAGGUCAAACCUCAUACCGGAGCCACUACUGCUUCCGUUUCGACGGAGCUUGCUCUCGAUCAGAUGCUCUCGGACUUGACGGGGUUGGGUCUUUACUCUUACCCGUCGUUAGGUUUACCGCCCAGAAACGGAACAGCUGCGUCAUUGACCGAGAAGCCAAAGGUCAAGGUGCGGUUAUCAAAAAGGAAAGGUGUGAGGAAUGCAAGAAAAGUUUCGCACGGUGGUGGCAAGGAAGGGAAAUCAAGUGGGAAGGUGAAUAAGGAGAACGACCUCCCACCUCCUCCUGCGAGUAUAACGGGGAAGAAAAAGAAAGGCAGAGGCUCAGGUGCUCGUGCUGAGCCUUCGGGAGAUACGGAUGAGGCGAAGGAUGGUGGCAGUGAAGAAAGGGGGAUAUUGGUGCCCAAAUGCAAUUUCACGUUCACCUAUCGGAGUGCCAGUGAGUUGCAUAUUCCGUCUUCUGCAAAGUUCUUUCUUCUUGUUGUUCACAAUAAAAUGCGGUAUUCUCUGUCGCUCUUCUUACCCACCGCUGUUCAUCUCAUGGAUUCUUUCUGAUCAUCCCCGACAGCGUCCGGUCGGCUACAAGCCACUAAGGAGCAAGUCAAACUUCUUCGGAGCAGGUUCGAAGCAGAGUUAGCUAGACAGACAGCUAAGCUUGCUGGAGAGGCCAAGUUGAGGGCUAACGAAAAUGGGGCAGAUGGAAGAGUGGGGAAGAAGCGUGUUACUUCCACCACCGGCGGCGGAGGCAACACCAUCUCUGCUGGUGUCACUACCGCCAACGCCAGCACCGCUACAGCGACUUCAAACGUUGAAAGCGCAUCUCAAUCUUCGACUCCUAGCAAAAAUGUCAAUAAGAAGAAAAAGAAGAAGCGGUCCGCCUUAGCCAAUGCAAGCAAUCCACAUCAUUUGAGGAAUUACGUUCCUUCCAGGGUUCCAGGGAUUGGUAAUACCAAUAAUCAUCAGGCCAAUGCCAAUGCCAAUGUUAAUGACGCCAAUGAGUUGGGUCCAUUGCCUCAGCAAUUCCUCAGUGCUGAAAUUCGACCGAAGAAGAGAGGUGGAAAGAGCGAUAGCAACGCGUUUGUGAAUUCAGCGUCGAACCUCAAUUUGGCGAAUCCAGCUGAAGAAUGGAUUUGCGCGUUUUGCGAGUACGAGUUGUUCUAUGGUGAUGAUGCGGACUUUCGAAAGGCUGUCAGGAAGAGGAAGGCUAUCUUAAGGAGGAGGAAGAGAGCGAAAGAGAAAGCUGCUGACAAGGCAAGUGGGGAGGCUUCGAGGAGGGUCCGGGAGAGGCAGAAAGAGCUGGAGAAGGAGCAGAUGAACCAGCAGGCUCAAUCAACUCAAACUGCCUCUACGGGUCAGUCUCAGGAUUCACCACCAAACCCGAACGAUCUGGACGGAGACCUUGAGAGUGAAGGCUAUAAUGAAGAUGAGUAUGAUCGGGAGGAAGAGGAAUAGGCAGGCUAUGUGCAAAAUGUGGGACAAACUGGUACGAAAUACGAACGAGCUUUGUCUGCUGAUCUACAGGAAACAUGUAAGGAUAUAUUAUGACUUGCGGACUGCCACACCCAACAUUUCUAAAUAUUCUGACUCUGGGUCCGAUUCUAUUCCGCGAAUUGAGGAUCAUAUUUCUCCCUUUGUUGAAGUUCCCAUUGUGUAUACGAGAAUCUGAACUGGUGCUUUCAUUCUCAGACAGUACCUCCCAUGCUUUGAAUAAUAGCCUCGGUGAUAUAGAGUUCCUUUUACGUUGCUUCUGCGAGCUAUCGAGCUGUUCCGUUGCUUUUGAGCCUGU